AUGUCUGCCAUCGAAGAGCUCAACCCAGCCGUUGACGACCAUUCCCUGGGGAAACGGAAAGCCGAGAAGCAAGAAGACCCUCAGGGCACUCCGACCACAACCAAGAAGAAGGAUGUCGAUGAGGAGCACAAGACGAAGGCUGGAGACAUACAGCCAAUCAACUUGAACCUCUCCGCGACCUCUGUUGAGGAGAAUAACGACGCCAACGAGGAGGAGGAUGCUGAGGAGGAAGAGGAAGAAGACAUGGCUUCAGACAUCCUGCAGCAGCUGAUUGACCUGUUCACGCAAGAGAGAGGCAGGCCCCCGACAGAUGAAGAGGUUCAGAUCUGGAUGGAGCAGCUCCGGGAAGCGGCUCAAGAUGGGAUCUCCAUUGGCAUUGAUGCCGAAGGUUCUGAGACCGAGGGGACUGAAGGCGAGGACGAGGGCUCCGAGAAUGCCUGA